CAGCCGCUGCCGGAGACACAGCUCCGCACCCCUUCCCCCGCCCUCGUCGCCGCCACCGCACACACGCACGCGUCUCUCUGUCUUGUGAUUCUUCUCGCCUCCCGAGCCCUUCAGUGGGGGUGCGAGUUUGUCCCCCCCCCCCGCCCCAGCCCACUGCCUUCUUCUCUUCCUCCUCCUCCUCUUCCUCCCGCACUCGCCGCGCGCCUCUAGCCCCUUCAUCUUAUUUAUUCCUAUUUAUUUGGCGUCCGCUCUUUUCGUCUGUCCCUCUCUCUCCCUCCCCCUGGAUCCCCGCUCUCUCCCCGGAGUGGCGCGUCGGGGGCUCCGCCGCUGGCUAGGCGUGAUGUUGCACGUGGAGAUGUUGACGCUGCUCUUUCUGGUGCUCUGGAUGUGUGUGUUCAGCCAGGACCCGGGCUCCAAAGUGGUCGCCGACCGCUACGCCGUCUACUGGAACAGCAGCAACCCCAGAUUCCAGAGGGGUGACUACCACAUUGAUGUCUGUAUCAAUGACUACCUGGAUGUUUUCUGCCCUCACUAUGAGGACUCUGUCCCAGAAGAUAAGACUGAGCGCUAUAUCCUGUACAUGGUGAAUUUUGAUGGCUACAGUGCCUGCGACCACACGUCCAAAGGGUUCAAGAGAUGGGAAUGUAACCGGCCUCACUCUCCAAAUGGACCGCUGAAGUUCUCGGAAAAAUUCCAGCUCUUCACUCCCUUUUCUUUAGGAUUUGAAUUCAGGCCAGGCCGAGAGUAUUUCUACAUCUCCUCUGCAAUCCCAGACAAUGGAAGAAGGUCCUGCCUAAAGCUCAAAGUCUUUGUGAGGCCAACAAAUAGCUGUAUGAAAACUAUAGGUGUUCAUGAUCGUGUUUUCGAUGUUAACGACAAAGUAGAAAAUUCAUUAGAACCAGCAGAUGACACCGUACAUGAGUCAGCCGAGCCAUCCCGCGGUGAGAACGCGGCACAAACACCAAGGAUACCCAGCCGCCUUUUGGCAAUCCUACUGUUCCUCCUGGCGAUGCUUUUGACAUUAUAGCACAGUCUCCUCCCGUCACCUGUCACAGAAAACAUCAGGGUCUUGGAACACCAGAGAUCCACCUAACUGCUCAUCCCAAGAAGGGACUUGUUAUUGGUUUUUGGCAGAUGUCAGAUUUUUGUUUUCUUUUCUUCAGCCUGAUUUCUAAGCAACAACUUGGGUUUGUUGGGGGGUAAACUAGUUGCUGCCUCCUUCACCCCACCCCACCCCUAGCCCUUGCCCUUGACUCCUCUCUCCCCCUUCCCAAUUAAAUGGAGUCCAGAUAAAAAUGCCAGAUUGUCAGAGUGACAGCAGCGGGUCUUCGCCUCCUGUGCAUUCUUCUCUAGAGCUCACCUCCGUAAGCUCAGGGUGUUGACCACAUAUGCACAUGAGAAAGAAUAGGCAGAUGCUGCCUGCAGUGUCUGGGCCUGAGAGGGGUAGCCUCUCCUAUACGAUACUUACGCCUUCAUGGUCAGGAUAGUAAGGCAGUCGUGUGGAGCAUGGUGUUGGCCUGUCAGGUCCAAAGGGGUGGAGUUAAGAAUAGGCAUAAUAUUAUACCACAUCCUCUAGAACUGUAGA